AUGCUGGUCAUUUCAUCAUUGUCGUCAUUUUGGAACUCAUUAAUAACAAGUAAUCGGCAUGCAGAUCCAUCAUCAUCUAAAUUAUCAUAUCACGCGUCUCAUAAACGGAAUAACUCUUUUAAAACAGACAGUUUGCAGUCUGUUGUUACAAUUAGUGAUAAGGACGUGCAUUUAUCACAUCAGCACUUCUGUACUUCAGGCAAUUUAUCUCAGCAUUCAAAUAUACAAGCAACAUCCCUUGAUUCAACAUAUACACAUGCAGUGCCGUAUUCAAAUAUGAAUCAUUGGCCUGGGCUAAGAUUUGCUAUGACAUAUACAUUGACACCACCAGCCUAUGAACAAACAGACAUUGUGCUUCAAGAUUAUGGAACAGAUGGAUUAUUACCUCCACCACCAGUAUCAGAUUCAUGGAGACGUAUUGAUCGAUGGGCACAGACACACUACCCAGAGCUUUAUGAUCAAUUGUCAUAUGGAGCAACAGUGGCAGAUGUAGAUGAAUUGGAGCAUGAAUUAGAGUGUCAUCUUCCUCGAGAUGUGAGAGAAUCAUUUUUCAUCCAUGAUGGCCAAGAACGAGGAGGAAAACCUACUGGAAUAGUGUUUGGGGUCACGUUACUGGACUGUGAGGAACUUUUAGAAGAGUAUUGUCUAUGGAAGAAAGUAGCAACAGAUUUGACUAGAAUCAAAACGUCUAAUCCGUUUUCUCGAUGUAAUAGGUUAUUGAAACGACAAGGUUCAUGUCCAGAGGGUGCAGUGCGCCCAGUUUAUGCACAUCCUAAAUGGAUUCCUCUAGGGAAAGAUUUUGAAGGGAACAAUAUUGCUGUCGAUCUUGCACCUGGGCCUACAGGAAGAUGGGGCCAAGUAAUUCUUUUUGGAAGAGAUCAAGAUAUCAAAUGCGUAGUAGCGCAGUCAUGGGCAUCAUUUUUAGCCAUAUUAGCAGAUGAUUUGGAAGAAGGGGAUUGGACAAUUGAUGAUACAACAGGUGAACUAUUUCUGGGUACAUCAGAAAAAGACCGAACGAGCUAUUUUGAUAUUCUAAAGUCUCGUGUUCAUAAGAGACAGAAACAGUUAUCUAAACCUAUGCUUUCGUUAGUGAAUUCAAACAAAAUGUCGGUUACUUUUAAUGAAACUCCUACAAUUAUAAACAAAUCUGACACCGCUUCGGUAAAAAUAGUUCGAGAUAUAGAUACAAAGCCUAUUGAAAGUCUAGAAGUAUUACCCGUUUCUGUAAAGUCAACAAAAACGACCAAACAGUCGCUAACUGCGCUUAAAAAAAAUACAUCAAUAACACCUAAAGUUGCACUUGCAAUUAAAGAUGCAAACAUUUUAAAGGGAACAGAAAUACAGGGAAAAAGCAUUGAAAUACAAGAAACAAGCAUUUUGAAAGAAAAUACAGUAUCCAAUUAA